UUUUAAGUGUUAAAGACUUCAAGCCACCCUCCGCACAAAAUGCAAUUCGCGCCGGUGCAGGGUCAAGUAAAGGCAACUAUAUAAAUCUGUUUAGCCAAUCAGCGCAUUUCACAACAAAUAUCAGGGACGACUUGCAAGUUGCAAGGCUGACUCUCUUCCUUCUCUGCAACUUCAUUUUCGCCAGCCCCUCUCUGUUUCGUCCUCUUCGUCCAGUUUUCGCAAUUCCCAUUUUAUAAUGUUCGAUUAAAUUAGGAAAAGAAAAGAAAAAAUGUCUUUGAUUAGAUAAUCUUGUCCAAUUUCCUUCACAACUCAAUCGCUAUUCCUUGAAACCCCCCCCCCCCCCCCCCCCCCCCCCCCCCCUUUUUUUUUUUUUUUUGGCUUUUGGUUAUAUCAAGCCCUAGGGUUUCGAAUUUGUAAGCGCUAGGGUUUUGAUUGGUCGCCGGGUCGGAUAUGGAUAUCGAAUUCGUGAAGAAGGGCUUGAAUUUUUCUCAGAGGAGAAAGAAAUGGAUAAUUCUGCUUGCCGCGUUCGGCGUCUCUGGUUACGGUGCUUACAAGGUCUAUCAUUUGCCCUCUGUGGCCAAUAAGAGGAAGAGGUUGAUGAAGCUCUUUCGAGCCCUAGUUUCCGUGGCCGAAAUGGUAUCCGAUUCCGCGGAGACGAUCGGUGUUGUCUCCAGGGACUUGAAGGAGUUUCUCCGAUCCGAUUCGGACCAAAUUCCCAAUAGUCUGAAGCAGAUUUCGAAAAUUGCACGGUCGGAGGAGUUCUCAGGGUCGUUGGUUAGGGUUACGGAAGCUUUGACGGUUGGGAUUUUGCGGGGGUAUAAUUCCGAGACGAGGAUUGAGGAAGGGUUCGAAACGGUUUCGGGGAAUUCAAGCUUUUCUCAUAGUGUAAUGGAGAAGCUUUUUUCUACGGCUGGGACUGGCUUUGUUUCGGUUGUGGUUGGAAGCUUUGCGAGAAACUUGGUUUUGGGAUUUUACUCCAAUGGUGGAUCCGUGGAUGGUUCAAGCGUGUCCCAGUGCAGUUCGAGUUUGUCGGACGAGCCCAGAUGGGUCAAUGUGGUUUGCAAUGAUAAGUGCAAAGAACUCAUAGCGAAUAGCAUUCAAGUUUUUGUAAGCACGGCAGUUGCAGUGUAUCUGGACAAAACGAUGGAUAUCAAUGUGUAUGAGGAGAUGUUUAGUGGAUUAACUAACCCCAAGCAUGAAAACAAAGUGAGGGACAUUCUGGUUAGUGUUUGUAAUGGUGCUGUGGAAACACUUGUGAGAACAUCUCACCAAGUAUUGACGAGUUGGAAUUCGAGUUCGCACUCAGAUUCGAAUUCUUCUUGCUCAAUUGUUGAUGAGAGUGAACGUCCAAGUGCCACCAAAGAUGGGUGUUUUGAGCGAGAAGCCUCUUCGAAGCUGAAAGAGGGGAAUUUAUUUGAUGGAUUUCAGGAUAGUGGGUGGCUUGGCAAGGUUUCAUCUACAUUGGCAGUGCCGAACAAUAGGAAGUUUGUGCUUGAUGUGACCGGGAGGGUAACAUUUGAAACGGUGAGAUCCGUUGUGCAGUUUCUGUUGUGGAAGCUUUUAGAUGGCUUGAAAAGAAGUCUUAAUGUAGUUCGUGGGCAGGCUGUGGACAGAGGAUUGGAAGUUAUCAGAUAUUUCAGUGCAAAGUCUUCUGUUAUUGUUACCAUAUGUCUUGCUUUGUAUCUACAUGUUCUUGGCGGUACCAGGGUUCUCAUGCCUGCUUAAUUUGACGGGGUUCUCCCUCCCUUAUUAAGUAUGCUAAGAGUGCUCCUCAUUACAGAUAGGUUUUGUAUGUAUAUCUUUGUUUCUGUUAGUUGAAAUGCAGAGGUGGUUUCAGCUACUUCAUUUUGA